AUGAGUAAGACACCAGUACCAACUGAAUAUGAUGAUACAAGAAUAUGUGGUUAUGAUCCAUUAGUACCACCAAAUUUAUUACAACAUGAAAUUAAAGCUACUUCACAAUCAUUAGAUGUUGUUAUAAGAGGUAGAUUUGAAGCUUCACAAAUUUUAAAAGGUAAUGAUGAUAGAUGUUUAGUUAUUGUUGGACCAUGUUCAAUUCAUGAUACAAAAGCUGCAUUAGAUUAUGCUCAUAGAUUAAAAAAAUUAAAUGAUGAAUUAAAAGAUGAUUUAUGUAUUAUAAUGAGAGCUUAUUUGGAAAAACCAAGAACAACUGUUGGAUGGAAAGGUUUAAUUAAUGAUCCAGAUGUUGAUAAUUCAUUUGAUAUAAAUAGAGGGUUAAGAAUUUCAAGACAAUUAUAUUCUGAUUUAACAAAAGAAGCUGGAUUACCAAUUGGUUCAGAAAUGUUGGAUACUAUUUCACCACAAUAUUUUUCAGAUUUUUUAAGUUUUGGUGCUAUUGGUGCAAGAACUACUGAAUCUCAAUUACAUAGAGAAUUAGCUUCUGGUUUAAGCUUUCCUAUUGGAUUUAAAAAUGGUACUGAUGGUGGAUUAACUGUUGCAUUAGAUGCUGUACAAGCUUCUUCAAAAGGUCAUCAUUUUAUGGGAGUUACUAAAAAUGGUAUGGCUGCUAUAACUACAACUUUAGGUAAUGAUACAUGUUUUAUAAUAUUAAGAGGUGGUAAAAAAAUUACAAAUUAUGAUCCUGAAUCUGUAAAAGCUGCAAAAGAAGCAAUAAGUAAAUCAACUGAUCCAAAUAUUAAAUUAAUGGUUGAUUGUUCUCAUGAUAAUGCACAAAAAGAUUUUAGAAAUCAACCAAAAGUAUUAGAAUCAGUUGCUGAUCAAAUAAGUAAAGGUGAAGAUAAAUUAAUUGGAGUUAUGAUUGAAAGUCAUAUAAAUGAAGGUAAACAAAAAAUGCCCCCAACUGGUGCAAAUAAAGAAGUUUUACAAUAUGGUGUUUCAAUAACUGAUGGUUGUGUUGGUUGGGAUACAACUGUUGAUAUGUUAACUAAAUUAAGUAAAGCUGUUCAAGCAAGAAGAAGUUUGAAAAAUAAAAAUUAA